AUGGCGGCGUCGCGUCGCUCUCAGCAUCAUCACCACCAUCAUCAACAACAGCUCCAGCCCGCCCCAGGGGCUUCGGCGCCGCCGCCGCCACCUCCCCCUCCGCUCAGCCCAGGCCUGGCCCCGGGGGCCACCCCAGCCUCCCCGACGGCUGGGAGCCUGGUCCCCUUCGCCUCCCCGCGGCACGGCCUAGUACUGCCGGAGGGGGAUGGCACUCGGGAUCCGCCCGACAGGCCCCGAUCUCCGGACCCGGUGGACUCUACUAGCUGUUGCAGUACCACCAGCACCAUCUGUACCGUCGCCGCCGCUCCCGGGGUCCCGGUGGCCUCUGCUUCUCCUGCCGUCGGGGUCGCUUCCCCCGCCACCGUCGUGGGCACUACCAAUUCGCCGUCGUCGUCCUCUUCCCCGACGUCUUCCUCCUCUUCCUCGCCGUCCUCUCCUGGAUCGAGUUUGGCGGAGAGCCCGGAGGCUGCUGGGGUUAGCACCACCGCCACCUUGGGGCUGGGGGCGGCGGGACCUGGACCCGGGGUCCCAGCCGUGAGCGGGGCCCUGCGGGAACUGCUGGAGGCCUGUCGCAAUGGGGACGUGUCCCGGGUCAAGAGGCUGGUGGACGCUGCAAACGUGAAUGCCAAGGACAUGGCCGGCCGGAAGUCUUCUCCCCUGCACUUCGCUGCAGGCUUUGGAAGGAAGGAUGUUGUAGAACACUUACUGCAGAUGGGCGCUAACGUCCAUGCCCGCGAUGAUGGAGGCCUCAUCCCCCUUCACAAUGCCUGCUCCUUCGGCCAUGCUGAGGUUGUAAGUCUGUUACUGUGUCAAGGAGCAGAUCCAAAUGCCAGGGAUAACUGGAACUAUACCCCACUGCAUGAGGCUGCUAUCAAAGGGAAAAUCGAUGUAUGUAUUGUGCUACUGCAGCACGGAGCUGAUCCAAACAUUCGGAACACUGAUGGGAAAUCUGCCCUGGACCUGGCUGAUCCGUCAGCCAAAGCUGUCCUUACAGGUGAAUACAAGAAAGACGAACUCCUAGAAGCUGCUAGGAGUGGUAAUGAAGAAAAACUAAUGGCUUUACUGACUCCUCUAAAUGUGAAUUGCCAUGCAAGUGAUGGACGAAAGUCGACGCCCUUACACCUAGCAGCAGGCUAUAACAGAGUUCGAAUAGUUCAACUUCUUCUUCAGCAUGGUGCUGACGUUCAUGCAAAAGACAAAGGUGGACUUGUGCCUCUUCAUAAUGCAUGUUCAUACGGACAUUAUGAAGUCACAGAACUGCUGCUAAAGCAUGGAGCUUGUGUUAAUGCUAUGGAUCUUUGGCAGUUUACACCACUACACGAGGCUGCUUCUAAGAACCGUGUUGAAGUGUGCUCUUUGUUACUCAGUCAUGGUGCAGAUCCGACCUUAGUCAACUGCCAUGGCAAAAGUGCUGUGGACAUGGCCCCGACUCCUGAGCUCCGGGAGAGACUGACUUAUGAAUUUAAAGGUCAUUCUUUACUACAAGCAGCCAGAGAAGCCGACCUAGCCAAAGUUAAAAAAACACUUGCUUUGGAAAUCAUUAAUUUCAAACAACCCCAGUCUCAUGAAACAGCACUGCACUGUGCUGUGGCCUCCCUACAUCCAAAGCGAAAACAAGUGACAGAAUUGUUGCUUAGGAAAGGAGCAAAUGUUAAUGAGAAGAAUAAAGAUUUCAUGACUCCCCUGCAUGUGGCAGCUGAAAGAGCCCACAAUGAUGUCAUGGAAGUUCUACAUAAGCAUGGAGCAAAGAUGAAUGCACUGGACACCCUUGGUCAAACUGCUUUGCAUCGAGCUGCCUUAGCAGGUCACCUACAGACUUGCCGCCUCCUGCUGAGUUAUGGCUCUGAUCCCUCCAUCAUCUCCCUCCAAGGCUUUACGGCAGCACAGAUGGGAAAUGAAGCAGUGCAGCAGAUUCUAAGUGAAAGUACACCUAUGCGGACUUCAGAUGUUGACUAUCGACUCUUAGAGGCAUCUAAAGCUGGAGACUUGGAAACUGUGAAGCAACUUUGCAGCCCUCAAAAUGUGAACUGCAGAGACUUGGAGGGCCGGCAUUCUACACCCUUGCACUUUGCUGCUGGCUACAACCGGGUGUCUGUUGUGGAGUACCUUCUGCACCAUGGGGCCGAUGUCCAUGCCAAAGACAAAGGUGGCUUGGUACCUCUUCAUAAUGCCUGUUCAUAUGGACACUAUGAAGUAGCUGAGCUUUUAGUAAGGCAUGGCGCAUCUGUCAACGUAGCAGACUUAUGGAAAUUUACCCCACUACAUGAAGCAGCAGCUAAAGGAAAAUAUGAAAUAUGCAAACUCCUUUUAAAACAUGGAGCGGAUCCAACCAAAAAGAACAGAGAUGGAAAUACACCUUUAGAUUUGGUAAAAGAGGGAGACACAGAUAUUCAAGACUUACUGAGAGGGGAUGCAGCCUUGCUAGAUGCUGCCAAGAAGGGCUGCCUGGCAAGAGUGCAGAAACUUUGUACCCCCGAGAAUAUCAACUGCAGAGAUACGCAGGGCAGAAACUCAACCCCUCUGCACCUCGCAGCAGGCUACAAUAACCUGGAAGUGGCUGAAUACCUCCUCGAGCAUGGAGCGGAUGUUAAUGCCCAAGACAAAGGUGGUUUAAUACCUCUUCAUAAUGCCGCAUCCUAUGGGCAUGUGGACAUAGCAGCAUUACUGAUAAAAUACAACACGUGUGUAAAUGCCACCGAUAAGUGGGCCUUUACACCUCUUCACGAAGCAGCCCAAAAGGGAAGGACACAGUUAUGUGCCCUACUCCUCGCACAUGGGGCCGAUCCAACUAUGAAAAACCAGGAAGGUCAAACACCUUUAGAUCUGGCAACAGCUGACGAUAUUAGAGCUUUGCUGAUAGAUGCCAUGCCUCCAGAGGCCUUACCUACCUGUUUUAAACCUCAGGCUACUGUAGUGAGUGCCUCUCUGAUCUCACCAGCAUCCACCCCCUCCUGCCUCUCUGCUGCUAGCAGUAUAGAUAACCUUACUGGUCCUUUAGCGGAAUUAGCAGUAGGAGGAGCAUCCAACACAGGGGAUGGUGCAGCAGGUGCAGAAAGGAAGGAAGGAGAAGUUGUAGGUCUUGACAUGAAUAUCAGUCAAUUCUUAAAAAGUCUUGGCCUUGAACACCUUCGGGAUAUCUUUGAAACUGAACAGAUCACACUAGAUGUGUUGGCUGAUAUGGGUCAUGAGGAGUUAAAAGAAAUAGGCAUCAAUGCAUAUGGACACCGCCACAAAUUAAUCAAAGGUGUGGAAAGACUGCUAGGUGGACAACAAGGCACCAACCCCUAUUUGACUUUUCACUGUGUUAAUCAGGGAACUAUUUUGCUAGAUCUUGCUCCAGAAGAUAAAGAAUAUCAAUCAGUCGAAGAGGAGAUGCAGAGUACAAUUCGAGAGCACAGAGACGGUGGUAAUGCCGGAGGCAUCUUCAACAGAUACAAUGUUAUUCGAAUUCAGAAAGUGGUGAACAAGAAGUUGAGGGAGCGGUUCUGUCACAGACAAAAAGAGGUGUCUGAGGAGAAUCAUAACCAUCACAACGAGCGCAUGUUGUUCCACGGUUCGCCUUUCAUUAAUGCCAUUAUUCAUAAAGGGUUCGAUGAGCGACAUGCCUAUAUAGGAGGAAUGUUUGGAGCUGGGAUUUAUUUUGCUGAAAACUCCUCGAAAAGCAACCAGUAUGUUUAUGGAAUUGGAGGAGGCACAGGCUGCCCCCCACACAAAGAUAGGUCAUGUUAUAUCUGUCACAGACAAAUGCUCUUCUGUAGAGUGACCCUGGGAAAAUCCUUUUUGCAAUUCAGUACCAUGAAAAUGGCACAUGCCCCUCCAGGACAUCAUUCAGUUAUUGGAAGGCCAAGUGUGAAUGGGCUGGCGUAUGCCGAGUAUGUCAUCUACAGAGGAGAACAGGCAUACCCGGAGUAUCUCAUCACGUACCAGAUCGUGAAGCCUGAAGCCCCUUCACAGACGGCCACCGCGGCCGAGCAGAAGACCUAGUGAAGGCAGGCCCGCCGGAACGGCCAGCGCAGCCUGCAGCCUGGGACUGGAUUACAGUUGACUGCUUUCGACGAAAAUCAAUUUUCUCUAACUCCCCGACAGCCUAGAAAUAAGCUGUUUGUCUUUUAUAAAGCAUUGCGAUAGUGAUGAAUAUAGUAUGAGUAACUGAUACAUACUCAAUUGCUACUGUUCCCUUGAGGAAAUGUUUACAGGGCGGCCUUUUAACACAUCUCAGGCUCAUUUUCACUGCAGUUCUCCAAUUCUAAAACAAUAGCGCUUGGAUCUAGAUUUGGAAAUGUAAAAAGGAAAACAUAACCAGUGGUGUUCCAAAUGUUCAAAAUUCACACACUACACUCAUUUUGUUGCUAGAAAUGGCAUGUAAGUAACAAUUCACAUCACAGGCACAUUUUUAAUUUUUCUCAAGCAUGCAUUGUUAGGUUUGUUUUGUAUUUGUUUUAUUUGGAUUUUUUGUUUGGUUGGGGAUUUGGGGUUGUUUUUUCUUUGUUUGUUUGUUUUAGUUACUUUGAAAAUGAGCCAGAGUUGUCUUAAGGAUAUUUUGCACAAAGUCAUACUGACUAAAAUCAUUAGCAAUGCAACUGAACCUUCCGACUAAAUAAGAGUUUAUUUCCUUUGUUUCCUUUUUACUUUAUAUUUGUACUCGGCGUAAACAUAAAUUGAGAUGGAAAGGGGGGGGGGACAAGUUUUUGCAUGUCCUUUUUUUACCUGGCACAUCCUAAAGGGAGGGGCACAUGCACCAGCCUGAUUCAGGAACUCCCCAGUCAGGCCCAUCUUUCUCCUUCCCCACCAGCCUUCUGGGAACAGGAGAAGCCCAGCCAGGGAAGCUGGCAAGCGAUGCUCGUCUGGUCUUCAGUCUGUGGAGGAGACGAGGAGCACUAGGGCCGAGGAGCCUAGUGGUUCUAUAAUGUUGCUGCAGAAAAGGAGCAAGGGGCUGCAGCUGAGGAUAAAUGCUUCCUUCUGCUUAAUGUGAACCACCAGGAUUGCCGCGUACCCCUCCUCCUCCCCAGAUCAACUGCCUUAUUUACAAUUCAGUGGAACAGUUGUAUUCCGUGAAUGUUACAAGAUAUUUCUUUAUUAUUCCUGUACCUUUGAAAACUAGGAAUUAAGUCCAUUACUAGAUUUUUUUUUUUAAAUAAUUUCGGAUUUGGAGUUUAAUGACUUUCCAUAAGUCCCUGUACUAAAAUUUUAAAUCAUUCUGUCAGACUCAGUAUAUUUAGACAAGGAGCAAAAAUUGAAACCAAAGCCCUUUCCUUUUUUUGCGGGGUUUUGUUUUUUUGUUUUGUUUUAAAGAAUAUGAGGAAGCAAAAGCAUAUUGUUUUAUUUGCAAAGUUACUACUUAGUUUUGCUUAUUUUAAUCAGCAUUUGCCAGGUGCACACUGACACUUGUAAAAAGAAUAUCCCUUAGCGUUCACAUACUCGACCUUUCACCGUAGCAGAACAUUGAAUUGAGUGGAGUAAUUUAUUUGCCUUGAUAUGCUCUUCAUCGACUCAGUUAUGAAGCAAAAAGUAACAUAAUUGUGAGGGAAAAAAAGAAAACAGUAUGACACAAACUCUCCACUUCAACUUAAAGUCUAGGAAACUUCAGUUGGUUUUUUAAUGCACACUGAUUAAGCUGUGAUCUCAUUUAAUCUCUUGAAGAAAAACAAACUUGUCACAUGCACAAACACAGGCUCUUCACUAAGCAUUUGCGUGCUGUCUUUCUGCUAGAACUAGACAUCCGGCACUUGGAGUUUCGUAGUUGAGUGUUCACGGGUCCACACAAUUAAAUCAAGCCUUCGCCUCGGUGUCGCUUCUGUUGAAGUGUCAGGGACCUCGGCUGGGUCUGUGGCUUGGCUACUAGUUAAUAGCACUAGAACCGCACAGGAACCCUCCGAGGUUGCUAUUCUUUCAGAGAGUUUUUCUUUUCCCUUCCUUUUGGUUUCGCUGUGUGUCACAAAGGUUGAAGGCAUUGCCAUCUGUGUCGUUUCAGUAGCUGGGAACAUGUGUAUUACUUGCCUCCUCACGUAGAGUUUAAAAUGAUUAACACAGUGGUGAUUUUUAGUUAAUUAAAAGGGGUUAUAUGGUGUAGCUAUCUGAAAGAUUUAUGGUUUCGAUUUACGUUUCCAUUGUACUGACUUGACUCGUGGCUAUGUCAUUUUUAAACUUGGGCCUUACACUUGAGAAGUUAAACUGUGGUUCACUAUUUAAAGUGCCAGUGUGACGCACCUGAUGCCCUGUGUGCCAAGUCAAGGUGCUGUGCAAGGAACACGUUUGCAGUGGCCCUUUCCUGGGCGCCAUGUGAGUAUGUAGUAGUUCUUGGGAAAAUAUACAAAUGUUAUUCAUCUGUUAAGAAGAUUGGGUUAACUGAUAUGUCAAAGGCCAAUUUUUCAUUUUUCUCAGAACUUCAUUAAAAUUCAUGAUAAAGUUAACAAAAGUGAUUACCUUUGUAAUUUUCAUCUAUAGCACUGUUAAGAACUCUCUGAAGUAUUAAAAGCAUGGCAAUAAGUCAGUCUAAAUCUAUUUAACUUGUUGUAUCUGCACUAUUUAGUACUAACAAGAUUUCCAAUAUCGCCUCCCCUGAAAUGGCCCCUCUGUUUCCCGAUCUGUAAGGAAGAGAGAAUUAGGCGCGCGCAUACACACACACACACACACACACACACCACCACCACCACCCCCACCACCACCCCCACGCCCCACCACUACCACGCCCCACCUUUCAGACUCCCAGGGCUAGACCAGAUGGAUCCAGUUGAUCAGGUUUGGACCAGCUGGAUAACUUGACUCGAGCAUAAAUUUGUGCCCUUUCUCCAGAUUGCUUGUCUGGAAGUAUCAUUGGCUCCACCAGUUCUCUUUGGCUCAAUUCAGUUUCCUCCUUUCUUCUUGGGUCUUGCAAAAGGUUACUGUGUAUUUACCUUUCUGUUUUUCUGUCACAACCACAGGAAACGGGUAUACAGCAUCGUGUACCGUGUCCAGAAGAUUCUGCCGCUUUGUUAGUAAAUGGCAGCGUGAGACUCAGAGUUUUCAUUCUAUGCAAAGGAAUAGCAGUUCAGCCAGCUCAUUUCCUUUCCUUCUUAGAGUUCGCAGCACUAGCUUUUCAAACAGCAUAAGUAGAACCAACCGUAGGAGGAUGUUUUCGUGACGCACAGCCUUGUGCUCCUCUGAGCUCGAUGGUUCGUGACUAGACUAACUUCCGUUUGCCUUCAAACUAGCACAGUGCAUUGACUUGUGCAGAGAAAUGUAUGAAUAUGACAACUCAAGUUAAAUAGAUUAAUCUUCUGUUACUAUAGCCAUUACAUAAAAAACAAAGGGGAGUAAAUUGUCUUGGUUUUUCUCAUGUUCAUUACAUCUACCAAUUGCCCAAAGGGUUACUGGACUUUGCUCACCCACCCGUUUCAAACGUGCACUCCUGAGAUUACUGUGGGUGGCCUUUCAAACAAGACAUGGUGUGCAUUUGUGAGUACUUCCCCUCCCCUUGUGUGGUCUCCGUGAUCAGCAGUGUGCUCACUGAGUUUUCUGUUGGGUUAUGUCUUGCAUAGAAGUAAGACUAUAAGUCAUUCAGGGACCACUUACAAGUGACAUUUAGAUGGAGUUUAUGUCAGAUUUUUGGAAAGAGACAAGUUGUAUUUGUCUGAUGGCAAAGGAGGGACAGAAAAAUGAGAAAUCAUCGUCAAAGUGGUGUUGAUUUGUGGUUGGGCGUUAUUUAGCAUUUGAAAAGAAAAUACAUUUAAAAAACCCUACCACUUGUAUAGUGGGGCUCUCUUUUGGGCAUCUUGUGUACUCUGAAAUGGUUAGACUAUUCAACUUUUCUUAAGAAAGCCUUACUAUGGCAAAAACUUUUUAACCACUUGUACUGUAGUAAGUGAGGGGAAACAUAGUUCUAUUUCUUAGUGUUUUAACAGGAGACAGGGAGGCGGGCACAUCUCCGAGGCUCUGUACCCAUGAAACUCGUUUUAUGAGAACAGAGUUCACAAGCAGUACUCCCUUUUGUGCAAGAGAGCUGACCUACACCCAGUCCAACCUGAAUUUCCACAAGCGGUCUGCUGCCAUAUCUGGUUUGGAGAAAGAUGGGGAAGAUUUCAGCACCGCCGUGGGGAUGCAGCCACAACUUCCGGCAAUGAAAGCAGGUAGAGAGAUAGUCUGGGUGCUGUACAAAGUGAUUUUUGUUUUCAAUAGAAACUGGCGAUACUAAGGUACAAAUCAGUGGAACGCUAAAGAUUAUGUAUAUGCUGCAAGACCAAGUAUGGUCCUGGUGUGACCAGUUUUUUAGCUCUGUCCCUUUGAACUAACAUUUGUGUUGGAGAGAUGACUCGUUUGGGCUCUUUAUCUUCCCACAUUUUCUUUGCUCCUUUCUACUUUCAUGUCUUCACACACGUCCCACCACCCGCUUUUCCAGCAUUUCUCUCAUGCUCCAGAACGUGGGUGAUUGUGUUUGGGCUUUUUUCCACCCCACACCCAUUUCUGCAGGCAGCCCCGAGAGCCCUUUGUUGAUUCAGAUUGUUUGUAAACCUUCUAGCCCCUCCCCCAAGGUUCAAGAUGAGGAGGUUAAAAAACACACCUCUGUUAGGAAUACAGUUGAUAAUGUAUUUGGAAACAAAAUACACAUCUCUGAAGAAGGGCAGUCAAAAUUAGAAAGGCCCAGAAACCUCUGAGGUUCUUGGCCUAGACCUAGAAGAUGACCUUGACUAUAUAACCAUUGUCUUCAUUACUCAAAUGAUGGAAAGUCGUCAGGCGCAUAGAAUACCUGCUUAUACUCCCAUUGUCUCAAGCGCACCUGUCUUUGUGGUAGUAAUCUUUGUCUUUGAUACCGUCUGUCUAAAUUGUGUACUAAUGAAAAGCUACAGACUAAGAGGUACUUGUUAUCAGUAAGGUGUCUCAACAUUUACAAGCCAGCUUUGAGGAAACCUGGAAGAUGUUUCCUGGCAGCAGCCAGCAUUGGAGUAGUCGUUGAAUUUCCCCUUGUGGUGUCAGACUCUGUGCGUAACCAGUGUUGUGGCUCUUUGGUUCUUUGUUGGUGUCGUCACUCUCUGUGUAAACCACCAGUGGCAGGGGCUUCCAACCCCAACCCUUUCUUUUUGGCAUUUGUCUGUAGGAUUGUCAGAUAAAUUACAAGCUGUCCAGUUAUAUUUGAAUUUCAGAUACACAACAAAUCACUUCUUUGCAGAAGUAUAUCCCAUGCAGUACUUGGCAUAUACUUGCACGAAAACACUAUUUAUCUGAGCCUCAAAUUUAACCGGGCAUCUGUUUCUGUUUUAAUCAGAACUUGGGGUCCUAUCAAUAUGGUCGUGGAAAAUUGCUUACAGCAUGUAAACUUGUGCAGUCUCUGUAGCUUUCACCUGGAAUGGAAGACUGACUGACUUACUAUUUCCAAAAGGAGGGCAUCAAGGAGCUUCACCGACCUAUGCGGUGGGUUUCUAUUUAAGACCUCUUUGUGAUUAUAUUUAACCCGUAAUUGUGCUUUGGCUAAAUGUCUACCUUGCAGUACUUGUAUUGUUUAAUAUUCAAUAAAAACAUUUUUAAAGUA